UGCGCUAUGUGCGCACUUUCAAACUAAAUCGGAAACUGAGCCCCAAGAAAGGCAAUAGAAUGGCUGUAGAAAAGGAGCCUCAAAGACUCACAUUCAGCCUGUUGGUAGAACCUCUCUAGCUGUAGCAAGUUGCGAUGACAUUGCGAUCCAUUGUUUUCAAGAGUGGAGGACACCGACUGGACACCAGCCUUAUUAAGAAGCCAGCAGAAAUCAAUGAAUAUUUGGCUAGCCUAAAAAAGGAAACCUGUGACUUUGCUACCUAUGUGCUCUGCUCUAUCUGCAACAGUAUAAUUCAAAAGCAUCAGGUACAAAGCAAAGCAAAGAUCAGCUGUCGGAAAGUGUUGAGUUGUCCUGACCAAUCGUCAGCAGGGGGCCUCGGUCACAAGAACUGGGAGCCAUCGGGGGCCUUGAAACUCCCUUCAACCAAGCAGAUGGGGGCCGAAGGUUCCCCGGUUAAGAGCAGAUCACUGUUUUGUCAGACAAAUCACAACCACUUGGUGAAUAUGGAUCCAAUGGUAUCAAAUGACAACAAUCAGCAGAGAGAAGGAGAGCAAGUGGGGGCAAUGGUAGGGGACUCCUCACCAGAGGACAGUCCCAGUGGGAAGCAAUGGAAUGUGAGGAAGGGGUCAGGCCUUGUGGACCCACAAACCAGCUGUAUCCGACAGAUCCUGCUGCUUCAACUGGAAUUGAUUGAACAGCAGCAGAAACAUUUGCACAACAAGAACAAAGAAAUUGAAGACCUGAAAGCUGAAAAAGAGAUGCUAAUGGCACGAAUUGAACGCAUGGAGCACCGACUACAGAUGGUGAAAAAAGAUGGAGUAGUGUCCCGUCCUUCUCAGACAACUUGUCAUAAGGAGCCAGAGGCAGAGACCACUACCUCUGAUGAUGUUCAGCAUUCUGGGGGACGAGUUCAAACCCCAAAGCAAACACAACGCGGAAGAGGAGUAAAAGGCUCCAAAGGGAAGUUCCUACUUCAGGACUCACCGACAGGUAGGUCACGACGUGGGCAGCCAAGGUCACCACCAACAUCACAACAGGAGAGCCCAGCUCUGAAGGAAGACAUGCAGUGUCAUUCAAAGGAGGUGCCAUAUCUCACAACAACAGAGAUGUACCUUUCCCAUUGGCAGACACCACCAUCACCGCAGCGAGACCCCUCAACUGUGCAUGAGAACACAGUCGAAGUUCCUUCCUGGCGGGAGAGUAUCUUAGAGCCUUUGGGGCAGAAAGAGGCAUCAGACAUCCUUGAGUGUCUGGAUGAUAGUGUCUUUCUGAAGAGGCAUUCAAAGCUUGAACUGGAUGAGAAGAGGAGGAAAAGGUGGGAUAUUCAGCGCAUUCGUGAGCAGAGGAUGUUUCAGCGCCUGCAGCAGAGAAUGAACAGGAGAAAAGUCAUUCAGGAGAGUGAACCAGAGCUGCUGUCCUUCCAUGCAGAACCUGAAGAUGUGGAGUAUAUCAUGGUGACACCCUUCCUACCUGUGGUGGCUUUUGGAAGUCCUUUACCCAACCUGAAACAACAAGACUUUGACUUGCCCUGGUUAGAUGAACGCAGCCGCUGUCAACCAGAGGUGACCAAGAAACGGACGCCUCGCCGGAGAUGCCGCAAAUGAAACCGUCACAAGGAAUCUGCCUACUGUUCGUGCAGACCUGUGAGCUUAAGCAAAAUUCUGGCCUCAAGAUCUCAUCUCUCUGCUUUUACUCAUCUAGAUUGCACUUUGUGUCUACUGAAGCAGAAUUAAGGGUGAACUUUAUCUCCCUGAAAUUUCCUGCGUGAUAUCCACGAGAAACCGAUUUGUCUGAAAAACAAGCUUUCCCAAGCAAACGAUCAUGGCCACAUUGCUGAAUGCAACACUUCAGUUGUUCACUUUUACAACCAAAGCUUCAACUCUAACACAUAAAAGGCUGCCACAAAAUAUUACAAGUGUACAUGCUGAGUUUCUUCAGUCACAUAAAGGAAAAAAUUUUCAAUUACAGAAGCCUUGCUGUAUCAUACAGCUUUGUUCAAAGGAGACGUGUAAGAUACUUAUUGCUGAAGAAAUUAUUUCGAAUAAUAAAAACAAGUUAUAUUAUUAUAAA